CCACCAUCUUUAAUGAAUGCGCCUUGCUUGUAUUCUUGUGUUUUUAGCAGCGAACGAGUUCAGUCAUGGGCUUUUAGUAAUUGCGCAAUCUUGUAUUUUAUCAUUCUUAAGUUUUUAGCAACGAAUGAGUUCAGUCAUGGGUUUUUAGUAAUUGUGGGAUUCCUAAAUUUGUAAAUAUUCAUCUACACAUUAUCUAUGAUCUACACAUUGUGAACAGUCAUCGCUCUAUAAUCGUGCGUGUUUGCGGAAUAUAAUUCAUUAAAUACACAAAUAUUCUAUUUGUCAAAGAAUUUAAAAACGUUUGUUAAAUAAAACAUGGCUGAGUUACCAACGCAGGAUUAUUUGCAUCCUUUAACGUUGGAGUCGCAACUAUUCAUCAACUCUUUGGAAACGUAUAGUGGUGUGUACAAUCAAAUUGAUCCUAAUCUCUGUAAUUCAUUGAAAAACGUUGUGCUCGGAAUUGAAAAAUUUUUGGAUCAAAAUCCUGUACUUAUUGUGUCCACGCAUAAAACAAAGUUUGUGCAACUUACACAACUAUCUACAAUACAAAACAUUUAUCAUUGCACGUUCUGCAAAAAGGAUUUGGGCAAAUCGGCUGACAAGGCGGCGAUUCAUUUGGCCGAGCGGCAUCGGAUGAACACCACCAAAGAAGUAAUUACAGAGAGGAGACUUGGAGAAAAGGCACGAUCCGAACCUAAGCUGAUCAGAUUACCCAAGAAAGCGAAGGCUAUUGUUAGGACCGAUUUCGCAACAUUUUUCGCCAAUCAAUUACAAGUGGCCGAAAAAUUAAAACAAAUUCCUGAAUAUUCUGUUAUAGAAGAUUCGUUAAGUAAUAUAUUGAAGAAACUGUUUCCAGAUAAAACUAUCAAACUAUAUAAAUUCGGAUCUCGAAUAACUGGCAUUGGCUCCCGGAACUCAGACUUGGAUAUCUAUGUUGACAUCGGCGGACGCUUUAAUUGUUUUGAGCAAAGUGCUUCGCCCGAAACUCUUAACAUAUUCGAUCAAGUUCAUGAAAUUGUUAAGAAAAAUGCCAUCGAUUGGCGUCUGAAUCGUCCGAUACGAGGCGCGCGUGUACCCAUACUGCGGAUGACUAGUACGAAGACUAAUAUUGAAUGCGAUGUUGGAUUUUCCAACGGUAUAAGUUAUUGCAAUACAAGACUGCUUGAAUAUAUUUUCCUACAACAACCAAUAGCCCGACGGCUGUGUAUAUUUAUGAAGAAAUGGUUAGAGCGCACAAGAUUGAAUAAACAUAUUACCACGUACUGCAUGUCGUUGAUGGUAAUCUACUUUUUGCAGGUCAAAAAUGUCCUGCCAUCAAUUGAGUUACUUCAGAAAAAUAUGCUGACCAAUGUUUUGAUUGGCCCCUGGAUUGGUAACUUCACCGAAAUAUCCUUGGCUGAAUUAAACAUGCAAGUUCUUAACGUCACACCACAAUACUGCAAACAACACAUUAAAGAGUUUUGCGAAUUUUACGCAAAUUUUAAUUAUAAAUUAUAUGUAGUUUGUCCCUAUUUCGGACGUAAGGAUAUAGAAAUAAAAAAUUUUGAAGCCUUGUUGCCGGAACGUUAUACCAACUUUGUACUGAAAAGUGAGACAAAAAAUUGUGGAAUACAGUUAAAUACACCCAUGGUCGUACAAGAUCCAUUGCAAAUGAAUCACAACGUCGCAGAGCGUUGCAGUAUGACGGAUUUUAAGGAGUGGAGAGACUAUUUAAAACAGUCAGUCGACAUUUUAUCUGAACUGAAAUAAAAUCCAUUUCUUUUAUUUUAUUUUAUGACUACAUUAAUUUUUUUUACGUUUUUAUUUGAUAAUCUUCCGCUACUAGCAUGAAUUUCAUAACGCGGAACCGAAGUGUAGAAAAUAUUAAUUUUUUCACAUUAAUUUAAUACGCUUGGAUCAUGUAUUUAAUUCUUAUUUGCUGUUAUUGUACUCAAUAGUAAUAAAAUAAACAUAAAACGAAAUAACAAA